AUGGGCAGCGGCGCCCUCCUCCUCCAGCAGCGGGAGCAGCCAUGGUUCCUCGUGCUGGCCAUCCUCGGCGCCGUCUACGUCGCCGCGGCCGCCUUCCGGGUCAUGGCCCACAUCGCCCUCCUGCUGCGGCGUCCCACCAAUCUCCGCCGCCGCUACGGCGCCUGGGCCGUGGUCACCGGCCCGACGUCCGGCAUCGGCCGCUCCGUCGCCCUGGAGCUCGCCCGUCUCGGCCUCAACCUUGUCCUCGUCGGCCGCGACCCCGCCAAGCUCCACGACAUCUCCGAGACCAUCUCCGCCACCCACGACGGCGUCCGGACCAAGACCGUCGUGCUCGACCUCGCCCUCGUCACCACCCCUGAGGGCGACGCCGGCCUGGCGCGGCUCCGGGAGGCGGUGUCCGGGCUGGACGUGGGCGUGCUGGUGAACAACGCCGGCGUGGCCAAGCCGUGCGCGGUGUACCUGCACGAGGUCGACGUGGAGGCGUGGGUGCGGAUGGUGCGUGUGAACCUGUGGUCGCUCACGGAGGUGACCGCCGCGGUGUUGCCGGGGAUGGUGGAGCGGGGCAGGGGCGCCGUCGUCAACAUCGGCUCCGGCUCCACCGAGGCCAUCCCGUCGUUCCCGCUCUACACCGUCUACGCCGCAUCCAAACGGUACGUUGCUCAGUUCUCCAGGAGCCUCUACGUCGAGUACAGGAGCAAAGGGAUCGACGUGCAAUGUCAGGCCCCUCUGUUCGUGGAGACUAAGAUGACCUCAGUCGUGGCGAGAUCCGGCAAGCGGCGAGGCCUCAUGUCGAGGCUGAUGGUGCCGACGUCGGACGCGUACGCCAGCGCGGCGGCGCGCUGGAUUGGGCAUGGCCCGGUAUGCAUGCCCAACCUGGGGCAUCGUCUGCAGUGGUGCCUCUGCAGCUUCGUGCCAGACCGGCUCCUCGACGCGCUGCGCCUCCGCGAGAACCUCCGGCAGCGGGCUCUCUUCCAGCGGCUCAGGUCCGCCAGGAUCAACGGCGGCCUGCCGGCCCGCAAACAAGGCUAGCUGCUUGCACGCAAGCGACGCGUUCGUGGUUUGCUGGUGUCAUGCUCUUGAUUAUCUUGAAGAAAUGUAUGAUACGUAUUUAGUAUCAGC